UUUUUACAUUUUAGUUUAUGUGUCAUUGCUUCACAAAAGACCGCUGAAUCCGUUUACUCCACCGAGUUAGUGUGUUAAAUGGCAACGAAACAAUCGAAUGUGCCAUCCUUUAUUUUGAAGGAAUACUCACGCGACACUACAGUUUAAUAACAUCCGUUUUACCCGGAAGUUACAAGCGCAUUUCCCUGCCCUUUAAAAUGAAUGCAAAAGCAGUAUUUUGUUCAUAGUUUAGACGUUUUAAAGAGAAGAAAUGGCGUGGAAAAGCAAAGGUUCCCCUCUUCCUCCGACUUCCUUACACCUCCUCGUUUCUCCAUUGAGACUCAUGUCUGCAUUCGUGUGGCAAGUAGUGCAGCAGCACCGUGUGAUGCAGUAUGACAAGUUGGUGGACUUCAUCAGUUUGGCGACAGAGCUCGUCCCAGAGCUUCUGAGUCCAGGUCAGAGAGCUCAGCUCAUCCUGAGCCUGAGAGCAAGGCUGAUUCUCGAGCUGUGUCGUGGUGAUGGCGUCGCCAACCUGCAGGCCAUCCAGAGACACCUGGACAAAAUCCACGCCUGCAGCGCUGAACUGAACUCCACUGAUCAGAUGGCCAGUGGUGAAAUACUGAAGACCUCGUACACCAACUUUGCCAGCCUGGUUCAGAACCUUUUGAAUGUGCCUUUUGAAAAGGAGUUAUUCUUCCAAGAGGUUUUCCCUGCAAAGUACGGCUCUAACUAUGACCAAAGGCUGCAGCAGCUGGUGUUUGAAUUUCUGUCCAGGUUGGAGCAGCUACUGCCCAUACCAGACCUGCAACAGACCGUGACUGUGGUUUCACAUGCCAGCCUGCAUCUUGUUGGUCUUCCCUGUGUGUCUCAGACAGCAGCGUGGCUCACUGACACAACAUCUGUGUCAGAGGAAUUAGGACAGCAUCUGUGUGAACCCUUCGCCCUGAAGACCCUGCUGCUUCAUCACAGACAGCUGGGGACGCUCAGCUCUGCUCCUUCCGGCAGCGAAGAAGAUAUCCUUUUGUCCUCUUUGGCCCUUCCUGUUUCAACUGGAGCGGAUAGGUUCACUGAGCAUUACAGUGGGGACGAUGAUUAUGACAAUGAAGAAGACACCUUGACAUUGGAGGAUUUAGAGGAAAACUCAAGUCAGAGCUCAGACGUCACUGCAAAUGAUUGGCUGCCAAAAAGGGCAUCAGGUCGUUUGUCCUGUUUAUUCAUCUGCCCUCAGUGUUCGUACGCUCACCGCACAAAGAGGAAGGUCCAAAAGCACAUCCAGAGUGAGCACCACAUUAAAGCUGACAUUCAGAAGAAACUCUCUGUGAAAAAAAACAGAGCAAAGACUCAGCAGAAUAGUAAAGACGCUGAAAAGAACAAAGUAGGGGGCAAGUUGGAGAAAAAGAGGAAACGGAGCCUUCAAGACAGUGUUGAAAAAAAGUGGAAAGACACGCAAAAGAAGGACAAUGUGGAAAACAAGGAACGACGAAGACGGAAAGAGCCCACGGGGGAAGACAAAAGGUUUCUGAGUACUCGACUUGUGACCAAAAACUUCACAGAGGAAGAAACCAAAUGUUUGAAGUGUGAAAAGGUUUUUGAACAUCCGAAUCAAGUGAAGACUCACGUGAAGCUCCACAGCUUCCCGUACUGCUGCACCCAGUGUGAAAAGGGAUUCACCAGCCCGUCUGGCUAUUAUCAGCACCAGAGGCUCCACAAGAGGGGACGGAUAUUCAUCUGCAGCCAGUGCAAAAAGGGAUUCCUGUGCAGCUAUUCCCUCAAGCAGCACCAACGGCUGCAUGAAGGCCCCAGCAGCCUGUGCACCAUCUGCGGGAAAGGCUUCAGCAAAGCAGGCAUUACCAGACACAUGCAGAUGCACAGAGGGGAGAAGAAUUACUUGUGCACCACCUGCGGGAAGUCGUUUUUGUCCUCCGGGGAGCUGCUGCUGCACACUCGGUCUCACACGGGCGAGAUGCCGUACACCUGCACCCACUGCGGGAAGGGCUUCUCCAGCAAGAGUCACCUCAACGUCCACACUCGCUCGCACACGGGGGAGCGUCCGUACCUGUGUUCAGAGUGCCCGAAGCGUUUCCUCACGCUCAACUGCCUCAAGAGACACACGCUCAGCCACAACGGGGUGAAACCGUUUAAGUGUCCCAACUGUGAGAGGGAAUUCUCCCAGCAGGGGAACAUGAAGAGACACUUGGCAACUCAUAAACUUGACACAUGAUGUUUCGAUUUCAGUGCUGUUGUUUAACCUUAUCAAGUUUUUUUUUUUUGAAAUCCAAAAUUAAUAUGUUCACAAAAACCUCAACAGCUAUUUGCUGUGUAAAUACCCUCACACACGGCUGAAUUUGUACAUACAAAACCUGUGUGUAUCACAAUGGAACAUUCAGUCUUUUGUCACAUGCUGAAGAAAAAAAUAGCUAUUAAAUCUAUUUUAAUUCAUCA